AGACGACUAAAUUAUAUUUGCCGUGAUGUGUCAGAUUUUAUGUAUCAAUUUUUGUUAAAUAUAGUUGAUAGUGCGAACCAAAAUUGUUAAAAAAGCAUAAUUCCGAGAGAAAAUAUGUUCAGCGACUAACUUUCAAUAGUGUUGUAUUAGCAAAAUGAAGCACUCUACUUCACCAACACCGUCACUGGCUGGCUCUAGCUAUGCACCGUCAUAUACAACAUCCCGCGGCCAAUCGCCUCUACCACCACCAGCAAAUCACACAAGAAAUUGCCUAUCAGCUACGGGUAAAAGCUACAAAUAUCUAAGACGGCUACUAAAAUUCAACCAAAUGGAUUUUGAAUUUGCUGUGUGGCAAAUGAUUUACCUGUUUAUAGCACCACAAAAAGUCUAUAGAAACUUUAAUUACAGGAAGCAAACUAAAUCACAAUUCGCCCGAGAUGAUCCUGCUUUUCUAGUUUUACUUGUGGUUUGCCUAUGUGUGACUUCUGUGGUGCUUGCUUGGACAAUGGGAUUAAAUUUUUUGCAGAGUAUUUCAUUCAUACUAUAUGUGGUCUUUGUAGACUGCAUAUUCGCAGGCGUUGUUGUUGCUUCAUUUUUUUGGCUCGUAACAAACCGCUACUUGCGGAGUAGCAAUCUGGAACCUGAUAUUGAAUGGGGCUACGCUUUUGAUGUUCAUUUAAAUGCAUUCUUUCCUCCCUUAAUACUGCUUCAUUUUGUUCAACUUUUUUUCUAUGAUUGGAUUAUAAGCCAACCUUGGUUUUUCUCACGACUGUUAGGAAACACAUUCUGGCUGUUUGCAUUAGGUUAUUACGUGUAUAUAACAUUCUUAGGAUAUAACUGUAUACCACAUCUGAAGAAUACGCGGCUGAUUCUUUUACCUUUACCAAUAAUAUUUCUGUUCUAUCUGGUAACUGUGAUCAUUGGUUGGAAUGUUACUAUUUCUUUUAUUAAUUUUUAUAAGUUUCGAGUAUACUAAUGGUUUUAAUAAUAAGUUAUUCAUAAAUAAAUUAUUAAUACAUAUACACAAGCAUA